AUGGAAGAUGCUUUUAUGAAGCUUAGUAUGUCCCUGGAAGGAUAUAACUGCACUGUGGGGGCGCGUUUGACUAUGGUAGAUCUUUAUCCCGUGGCGAUGAAUAUAACAACACGGCUUUCUGCUUUGGGGACACCACAUUACCCGUGGGAGAAGCGUGGCGUCGAAUCGUCCAUGGAUUUGACGGACGAAGAGUGGAUGAGGAUGCACGGUGUACUAGGAGAGACAAUACUAAACAUUACCUGGGAUCCUAUGGUGACCAUGGUCGGGCCUAUGCUGGAGAAGACGCCCCUGUGGUCCGUGAUGGGCCCUAUGUUAUAUAGUGUGUAUACACAGAUGAAUUCAAUGACACAACAAAUGCAGUUUAUGGAAACAAUGAUGGAUCCAUCCACUGACACGGGCAAGCUGAUGAUCUACGUCAUCGAGUAUAUGCCGGAAAUCAUGGUCACUAUGAUGAAUGCUAAUUCCUCUCAAAUG